AUGUGGUUAAAGGUGGAGGGUUUUGUUGAGAAGGUUCAACAGUGGUGGAUCAGGUAUUGCUUUACGGGAUCACCUAAGUUUGUUUUGGCUCAGAAAUUAAAGGCUCUUAAAGAAGACCUAAAAAAGUGGAAUAAGGAGGUUUUUGGUGAUUUGGCUUUUAAGAAGAAGAGUUUUCUGUCUGAAUUAUUGGUUUUGGAUGCUGAGGAAGAUAUUCUGGGCCUUUCACAUGAGGAUCAAGCCCGCCGUACUCAUGUUAAAGGUGAGAUAGAAGUUUUAACUUCCAUGGAAGAGACUUUCUGGAGACAAAAGUCCCGAGCUUGCUCAGGUGAUCCAAUUUUAUCAGGAACUUUAUACAGAACGGACAUGUGGCGUCCAACUGUGGAUGGGUUGGAUUUUGCUAGUAUUGGGGAGGAUGAUAGGUUGUCCCUUGAGGGGGAGUUUUCAAAAGAAGAAUUCUCCCAAGCGCUGGCAGAGAUGGAGGGGGAUAAAGCUCCUGGCCCGAAUAGGUUCACAAUGGCAUUUUUUCAUAAAUGUUGGAGGGUGGUGGAGGAUGAUGUGAUGGCUAUUUUCAAGCAUUUUCAUAGGUAUUCAGUUUUUGAAAAGUCUCUUAAUGCUUCUUUCCUCACUCUUAUUCCUAAGAAAUCCGAUCCUGUCAAUAUUAAGGAUUUUCGGCCUAAUAGUUUGGUGGGCAGUUUUUACAAGUUGCUGUCUAAGGUGUUGGUGAAUAGGUUGAGGGUGGUUUUAGACAGUUUGAUCUUGAAGACCCAAAAUUCCUUUGUUGGUGGAAGACAAAUUUUGGACUCAGUGUUAAUUGCGAAUGAGUGCCUAGAUAGUAGAUUGAAGUGUCAUUCCCCGGGUGUAGUUUGUAAGCUGGAUAUAGAAAAAGCUUACGAUCAUGUCAAUGUGAGGAAGAGUGAGAUUGUCCCAGUGGGCGAGGUUGGUAAUAUUGAUGCUUUGGCUAAUAUUCUCAGUUGUAGGGUGGGUAGCCUGCCCAUGAAAUAUUUGGGCAUGCCUUUGGGCACCUUGUACAAGACUGCCUCCAUUUGGAACCCCAUUUUGGAGAAAAUGGAGAAGAAGCUGGCUGGUUGGAAGUGUCUAUAUUUGUCUAAGGGUGGUAGGCUUACUCUCUUGAAGAGUACCUUCUCUAGUCUUCCCACAUACUAUUUAUCCUUAUUUACCAUCCCUGUAGCUGUGGCUGACAGAUUGGAGCGUAUUCAGACGAAAUUCUUGUGGGGGUCUUUAGAAGAGUGUUUUAAACAUUCUUUGGUGGCUUGGGAGAAGGUGUGUUCACCUUUAGAGAUGGGUGGUUUGGGGGUUAGGAAGUUAGGUCACUUCAACCAAGCUCUAUUAGGGAAAUGGUUAUGGAGGUUUGGCCAAGAAGGAACUAGUCUUUGGCGGAGGGUUAUUGCCACCAAAUAUGGCGAGGAUCAAGGGGGGUGGAAUACUAAAGAUUGUAGAAGGGCACAUGGGUGUGGCCUUUUGAGUGGUAUUAAUGUCAGUUGUGAGAGGUUCUCCAAAUACUUAGCCUUUGUGGUUGGUGAUGGUUCCUGUAUUCAUUUUUUGCAUGAUAGGUGGGUUGGGGAUUUCUCUCUUAAAAUGCUCUAUCCUCAAUUAUUUGCAUGUUCUAGUGACAAGGAAGCCUGUAUUUUUGACUUGUUGGAUCAGCAGGAGGAUGGGAGUAGUAGAUGUUGGAAUGUGAGAUUUUAUAGGAAUUUUCAUGAGAGGGAAUUUGAGGCUGCCUUCUCUUUCUUAGAACUCAUUCAGUCUCGGAUCCCAUAA